CCACCAUCAUUCCACACUUUAACGUCAAACCAACUUUUGUCGCAAAUAUCACCACUUUUGACACCGAUCAUCUUUAUUCGAUAAAGUCGUCUCCAGCACUAUCAUAAGCAUGAGAUUCUUCCCCUUUGUCACUGCUGCGCUUGCAGUUGUUCCCGGCGUCCUCGCCGUUGAUCAGAAGAAGUCUGCCAUCGUCUGGUUCGAGGACGAGUCCACACCUGAUUCCAUUGUCGAAGAGUGCAAAGACGCUCUCAAGAAGGCUGGCGGCAAGAUCACACAUGUUUACUCAAUCAUCAAGGGCUUCUCCGUAAUUGCGCCUGAGAAGGCGCUCGAGAUCGUCCAGAUCAACCACGAGGACCAUCAGAUCCGUGUCGAGAAGGAUGAGGUUGUGACGACGGACUAAGGGCUGCGCUGUAGUACACAUUAUGAUUCAAAAACGAAACAAUAGCAAGUCUUUCGAAGUGAACUGACCAUAUUUCAUGGCAGUUGUUGGAACAUCGAUAUCCUUGAUUUAGGCGUUAACAGGAUAGGAGCGACAGGAUUGCCUGAAGGGAAACACUCGCUAUGCGACAAAGUAUUAUUGUUAUUAUUGCACACCUUUGACAGGGUGAAAUAGACAUUUGCCAUUCAC